UUGACACUGACAAAAGCUGUUUUAUUGGUAAUUUUAUAUUUUAUUUAUUAAUAAUAACUUAAAAUUAACUAUUUAGUAUUUAAUUAUUAUUAUUAAUCAAUUAAAUGUACUAUAAAACUUAUAUAGUUUAUGUUAAAAGUGCAGUUGUGUGAAAUCCCAAAUCUGUGAUAUUGAGCCUUUUUAUACGUAAAUACCCCUUAUAAGUACAAAUAAUUGGGCCCCUCUCAGGAAACCAGAAAUCAAAUAAUGCCUGCAAACGUACGACCAAACAAAGGCAAUUCUGGCAGCAGCUCUAGAACACCACCAGUGACUCCAAUGUCCGAACGUCAGCAGAUGGCUCUGCUCAUGCAGAUGACCUCUUCGUCUGGAGAUUCUGGAUCGCGCAGUCCGAGCUCUGCCAGCAGCAAUUCGAACAAGACCAGAGACCGCAACGAAAGAGGUGAAACCCCCUUGCAUUUAGCGGCCAUUAAGGGCGAUGUAGAACAAGUCUGUAGAUUGUUAGCGCAUCGCGCCGACCCUAACGUUUCGGAUUUUGCUGGCUGGACCCCUUUGCACGAAGCUUGCAAUCACGGAUGGUACGAAGUUGCCUUAAGGCUGGUCUUAGCUGGAGCUAACAUUAACGCAAAAGGUCUGGAUAAUGAUACGCCUCUCCACGAUGCUGUGGUGAACGGUCACUUGAAGCUGAUCAAGCUGCUGGUAGAAAAAGGAGCGGACAUCCACGCGAAAAACUCCAAAGGAAAAUCUCCUUUUGAACUGGCAACGGCUAGCGUACAACCUCACUUGCUCAACACGAAUUUACCCAUACCUGAAACAAGUAGCUCAACAACCCGAGUACCAUUACGUUCAAGGGAUGAAAAGAAAAUUUCUGCAACAACUUCAACCGAUAAACAGAAAACCACAAGCGAAGCCAUGGACACAAAAUCAGCAGACGACGUAUACGAGUUCAAAUCAGUAAAAGAUGCUGAUUCAGCCUCAGAAAAAAACCCCGAAAGUGCUGACCCUGAAACAGAACCAACUGACCCACUAUCAGUACCCAAUACCAAUCCUACAACUGACGAAACUUCCAAUAAAAGGAAUUAUUCCGAGUUUGAAGGAGGCAACGAAGACAGCGAAAAAGACGAGGAAAACAAAAAGAAAAAACGCAAAGAGGACGGAGGAAAAGAUACUGGCAAAGCCACAUUGAAAAAUAAAAACCAAAACGCCAAACAAUCAGCUGGAAAAAAUGCAGCUUCGGCUACAGCAAAAUCUAGCGCCUCGAUUGCAGAAAAAAAGACUCCGGAUGGCAGUCCAAAACCCACUAGUAAUUCCAGUGAUGCAGAGAAUGAUGGUUCUUCAAAUUCCGGUGACGGUAAAACCGAUUUGAAAGUGCCUCCAUUGAAAAUAGUGAUACCGCAAAGUUCUGUUGCAGAACAGGAACCUGGAACUAGCAGGAAUGGUAAAAACAAUUCUCAAAGAGCCCAUCAAGCUUUGCCUUAUGUUGUUGCAAGUUCUAACAGUAGCGAUUCGUCUGGCGACAAAGAAGUGGCAACGGGAGGCACAAAUAGUCCUGAAGCUUCAGCAAAUUCUAAGGAGGUUGAUAAAAAGGAGGCACCUGCAGAUGAACAAGUAACAAGUAACCCCGAAUCGGAACCCAGCGCACCCGCAACGACUUCAGCUACCGCUACGGUACCCCCAGCGGCACCUGCGCACGUCGAACUGCACCCCCGCAAGCGUAAAAUGAAGCAGAGCCGCGACCAGGCUCAGCAACAGUCCGCCGACAAUGCCGAAUCGUCCACCGAGUCCCGCGAAGUCCACCCGCACGAUCAACCCAUCACCAAUUGCUACAAGUUGUUUAUGAAUAUAAGAAAACAGAUUGAAAAACGUCGUAAGGGUUUAUUUUUAGUGCAACCAAAGCCGCCUCAAGGUUUUAAGGAUUAUUUAAUGAAUCGUUGCACUUAUGUGCUGGCCAAUAGUGCACCAACAUCUCCCAACAUCAACUACCCUCCCACUCUACCAACUCAGCUAAAAGAUUUAUUUGCGGAGCAAGAAAAGGAGCGCUACAGACUCAGAAUGCAACACGUAGUAGAAAAAGAGAAACUAGUCUUGGCUGUAGAGCAAGAAAUUUUAAGAGUGCACGGUAGAGCAGCAAGAGCUCUUGCCAAUCAAUCCUUACCCUCUUCAGUUUGCACAAUUUUGCGCGACGAAGAAGUUUACAAUCUCAUAACGCCUGAACAGGAGGAGAAGGACAGAAACGCCAGGUCCAGGUACAAUGGCCGUUUGUUUCUUAGUUGGCUGCAAGAUGUUGAUGACAAAUGGGAAAAAAUUAAAGAGAAUAUGCUGUUGAGGCAUCAUCAUGAGGCCGAAUCCUUGCACGCCGUGCAAAAAAUGAACUGGGAGUGGAAACUUAAGGAAUUGAAUUUGUGCGAUAAGAAAUCUACGCCUAAAAUUGAUGAGCUGCAUGUGCCUGAAGUGCACGUCAGCGAUGAUUUUGAUCUCUUACCAGCUUAAAUUAAAUUUUGCCUAAGGCAUCUCUUAGAAUAUCUACAGUAAAGUCAGCGUCCUCUUGUGUAAUGCACAUUGGAGGCUUUAUUCUUAAAACCUAGAAAACAAUUAAAUUAAUUAUUUUGAUUGUUUAUUAAGUGAUUUCUUACAUUUCCAUGCAACCCUCCUUUGCCUACAAUCAAACCGUUUUCCAAGCAAGUUUCCCACAGUUUUAAAAAUCUUCCAGAGUCCAAAGGGAUUUUGGUUUCUUUGUCUGACACUAGUUCUACGCCAAUCAUGAGGCCUUUUCCACGCACGUCUCCUACAAAAGGACUCAACUCGCGUAGUUUUGCUAGUUCAACUAGUAAAUGAGUGCCCACGGUUUUGGAAUUUUCUUGUAGAUUUUCUUCUUCGA